AUGGCAUCAGCAGGAGAUACUGUCAAGUUGGAGCCCUUAGGGGCCAAUAAAAUAUUAGAUGAAACGUCUGGUCUGCUAGACACAGGGGAUGAGGAGAAGAGGCGAUCGCAGAUCGAAAACGGCCACGCGGAGGAAUUCGAUCCGCAUUUGCACAGGCAAAGCGAACAUCCCACCACUAACAUGGAAACGCUUAUACAUUUGCUCAAAGGCGCCAUCGGCACGGGCAUUUUGGCCAUGCCCGAGGCCUUCAAGUACGCCGGAAUGAUCAACGGCAUCAUUUCCACCAUCCUGAUUGGAUUGCUUUCCACUUAUUGCCUCCACGUUUUAGUAAGAUCCCAAUACGUGAUGUGCAAGAAAUUGCGAGUGGGCCUUCUCACCUAUCCGGAAUCCAUGAAAGCGGCCUGCGAAAUGGGACCGACGUGCCUUAGAAGAUUCGCUCCGUGGGCGCCGGGCGUAACGAACUUCUUCCUGAUUUUCUACCAAGUGGGAAUCUGUUGCGUUUACGUGGUUUUCGUCGGCGUCAACGUCAAAGCCGUUGCGGAUCAAUACAUCAAGCCCGAAAUAUCGCUCUUACUCUACACUUUGAUGUUCUUCAUCCCGUUCCUCCUCAUUAUGAUGGUGAGAAAUUUGAAGCUCCUGGCGCCAUUUUCGACGGCCGCUAAUCUGAUAACGUUGCUAACGUUUGGAGUGUGCGGGUACUACGUGUUCCAGAAUUUGCCGGCCUUUUCGAGCGUACCGGCCUUCGGUCCGUUCGUCAGCUAUCCGCUGUACUUCGGCACGUGUUUGUUCUCUCUGCAAGCCUGCGGAGUGGUGAUCGCUUUGGAGAACAACAUGGCGGAGCCGAAGAGUUUCCUGAAGCCGCUGGGCGUUUUGAACGUGGGAAUGACGCUGGUGACGUUCGUGUAUCUGUGGCUGGCCGUGAUGGGGUACUGGCGAUACGGGGACCAGAUUCAAUCGUCUAUUACGUUGAAUUUUCCAUCGGUGGAUAUUUUGGCGCAGGUGAUUAGAAUCUUGUAUUCGGCGGCGAUUUUCAUCUCGUACGGCCUUCAGGGUUAUCCUGCAGUACAAAUUAUCCUUACGAAUUACAUUUUACCGAACAUAAAGGAGGAGACCACCGACAAACGGAAACUUAUCUACGAGUACAUGAUUAGAUUCGGCUGCGUAGCAAUAACAUUUAUACUAGGAUUGACGGUGCCGUUGUUGGGUCUGUUCAUCUCGCUGGUGGGAGCUUUCUGCCUGUCCGCCUUGGGCAUCGCUUUUCCGGCCAUCAUCGAAAUGUCCGCCUAUUGGCCGGAUCGCCUCGGCAAACGGCGGUGGAUCCUGUGGAAGGACCUGCUGCUGAUCGUGCUGGGCAUCGUCGGGCUGCUGGCGGGCAGCUACAGUUGCCUGUACGAAAUUGUGAGAUCGCUGUCUCAGGGAAACACGUGA